AUGGAGCAUACUAGCAACAAUAACACGUACGGUAUGCUGCACCGUGGUCAGAGUGUAGGGGAUACAGCGGUCAACAACCACAGGAUGGGCGUCGCUAACGGUAUGGUGCAACAACAUAUGUACAUGCAACAGGCACAACAACAACAACAACAACAACAACAACAACAACAGCAGCAGCAGCAGCAGCAGCAGCAGGGGCGCCAGCAGUUCCAGGCGGGUGGGUACUUCCCUCUAGCGGAUGGGAUGCUCGCGGAUGGGGUCUCCGAUAUCGCUUUGCAGCAGAUGAGGCACGGCGGUGCAGGAAGCGUGAAGAGUGGUCAUGGGGAGCGAGUCAAGGAAACGAUGAACAACUACCAUCCGGAUAGUGUGCCCCCAGCAGAGGUGGUUCAAGGACAUAACAGGAGUGUGUUGAACGAUAUAGUGUUGGACCCGCAUUCCGCGGAUCCAUCAACGGCUCCCACAACAGCUUCCAAUAUAGACGUGCUGUCCUCGACGACAGAUUUGUCCCCAGUGACGAAUAACAUGGAUACAAACGGGGUUAACGGUAAUGGUGUUGCUAAUGCUUCCGCGGCGGGGGCAGCGGCUGCAGCAGCCGUAGCAGCAGCUACGGGUAAUGGUGGUGGUGGGUUUCGCCCAGCGACAACAGGGUCGGUCAAAGUACCCACGUCGAUGGCAGAUAACAAUGGUGGUGCUGCCUCUGUCGGUGCAGGGCCCAUGGCACCAGCGGACAGCGUAAGCGGUGGUAAAUUCAAUUUCAGGGAUAUAACGUCAACGAACAAACAGCUGUACCUGUCCACGAUAAAUAACAAUCCGCAUGCGAUAAAUGAUCCGUCGAUCCAGGAAUCUCUAUCGUCCUUCUUCCAGCCGUUCGGUGUGGACGUGUCACACUUACCAAUGACAAACCCACCGAUCUUCCAAAGUGCAAUGCCCUUCUUUGACGAACCUGUCAGAAGGAGGAGGAUAUCGAUCUCGAACGGGCAAAUCAGCCAACUGGGAGAGGACUUGGAGACAGUUGAAAAUUUAUACAAUACACAACCGCCACCAAUGCCUCACCAAAGGUUCCGUCAACCGCACCACACACCCCAACAACAACAGGCAAACAUCCAUAUCCCUAGUAAUCCUGCAGAUGGGACUCCCGGGAACGAAAUGCUGAAACAGCUACCGAUGGGCGCGGUCCCCAACAUGCCCGGUAACGAUCACUGGGCGAAACCAGCUGGGGAGAGUCCUCUGGGUAGUGUGUUGGGGCCCCAGGGCCAGCCCAUGCUAAACCAUAACAAUAUUGCACUGCACCAACAACAACAGCAACAACAACACUACGCACCACAUGAAGAUUUCCCACUGGUGCCCAAUAACAUGAAUGUGCCCAACCAGAUCAACGGGCUCCCUCAGCCGCCAUUGACACAAGCACAGGUGCUGAAGAAUGGACCGGCACAGCAGAUUCCCCAAGAACAACACAUCUCGUCAUUUCCUCCCCCAAGGAGCAACAGAGCACAGUCGCUUUCAUCGAUCACAUCGGACAACUCGUACUCUGUCGACGACAAGAACGACCCCGUGCCGGGCACGACGGCGUGGAAGAGGGCGCGUCUGUUGGAAAGGAACAGGAUAGCUGCGUCCAAGUGUCGGCAGAGGAAGAAAGUCGCACAGGUGCAAUUGAAGAACGAUUUCAACAGCAUUUCGCGAGAGAACGCGAUCAUCAAAAAGAAGCUCAAGUACUACGAGAAACUGAUCCUCAAGUUUAAGAAGUUCACGGAGUCGCACUUCCAGGAGUGUCAUGGCGGCGCCGAGAACAAAGACCUCAAGAUCAUGGAGGAGCUCCUGAUGAUAGACGAGGAUGUCAACGAGGUCAACGAAAAUGGACUCAUCGUGAAACUGGAAGACGACCACAUGUUGGCGGACUGA